UGGUUUUAUCUUUUAUAUGUGUCGUCGUGCCGGGUGUGUUUGCACAAAUACCAUCGCAAAAUAUCUUGAAGUGUCGCUUAUGCUACAAUGCCACGACAUUAGCCAACUGUUCCUCGAUUAUGUUUUGUAACAAUCAAACACAGGAAUGUUACAUGGAGGAAGUGAUUACCUCGUCCUCUACCAUUGUCUACUAUGGAGGAUGCCGUGCAAUUAGCCACUGUUCAGCUUCGUCGACGGCCAUUGGAAAACGACAGGGUGACUUGAUCUCAUGCUCGGAAUGUUGCAAAAGUGGACAUUUAUGCAAUUCUAAAUUGUGCGGUUUAAUGAACACCACUGUAAGUGAUCAAUGCUACUUCUGUUACUCGGCGGGCUCACACCAAGGUGACAUGACUAAUCCAAGCGAAUGCACUUCUUUAACAACAUGCGAUGUAGACCAGGCCUGUUUUGGGCAAACCAAGCAUCAUCCAGGACAACCUACGAGCAUCAGAUACGGAUGUUUCAACUUUGAGUUAUGCCGCGAUGUGAUGAAAACGGCAUUUGACGAUUUAACCCGAUGCCUUGCACAAAAUGCCAAUUGUGAUACUGAUCAUUCGGGAGUCUGUAACGUUUGCUGUAGAGGUGCAAGCUGUAACUAUGGUGAUUGUCAUGAGAUAAGACAGCGACUGUUUGACGAGUACAAUCGUGGUGUGUUUAGUUUGGACAACCUGGAGUCCACGUCAGAUGUAGCAGGCUACCAAAACCACUAUCACUUUAACUACAACUCCCACAAUCUCUACCACUACCACUACAACUGCAACUUCAACUACAACUACCACUACGACAACAGCAACCACUACGCCUACCACUACCACUUCCAUUACCAUAACCAUUGCCACUACAACUACCACUACCAAAUACAAAUAUUACUUACACUACAACAACCACUACCACAACGUCUACAACUACAACUACUACUGCGACUUCACCAGACAUUUCCACUACAAGUACAACUACAACAACCACUACCAUAA